AUGCCUUACCAGCCUGCGAUUAGUAAGUUCUUCAAGUCCAAUUCCAACAAGUCGAACAGCAAUAAGGUCGAAAGCUUUGGUGCUGAGAGCGCAAAAUCUGGUCCCGAGGAACGCGUGAAUGAAAGCCCGAAGGGUGUGCAACCACAAUACCGGCCUGAUCCCACACAGAGUGUCAGCUCUACAACGCCGGUUCUCCAGGAGUUUAACUUCUCAAAAUCCAAUGGUCAUGAGACACCAAGUACACGAUUGAGCUCAAACGACUCAUUGCUAUUUUCUAGCAAAGUGUCCGAGGCGCUACGAAAGAGGGCCUCAGGCACAAUUGAUCGAGAUGCCGAUCGAGAGAACUCCAUAGAAGUUGAAGAGGAGCUACCUGCCGCUAAGCGGCAAAAAGCUGGAAAACUGACGCCUUUGGAUCAGCAAGUCAAGGAGCUUAAACUACUGCACAUGGACAAAAUACUGGCGGUCAGGGUCGGUUACAAGUACAAAUUUUUCGCCAUGGACGCGGUAACGGUUAGUAAAAUACUGCAGAUCAUGUUAAUAAAGGGCAAAAUAAGUCUAGACGACUCCAGCCCGGAAGACAAAUCUCACAGGCAGCUGGCAUAUUGUAGCAUUCCAGAAAACAGGCUACAAGUACAUCUCCAAAGACUUUUGCACCACAAUUUGAAGGUUGGAGUAGUGGAACAAGUUGAAACUCAAGCGAUAAAAAAGGUCACAGGGACGUCCAGCGGCGUGUUUAGAAGACAGGUUGACAAAGUGUUUACCAAAGCAACAUUCGACAUCAACGAAACUUUUAAUGGAACCGACAUUGAUCAUAGAGAAAAGCCUAACUCUAUAUGGGCGCUAAAGGUCGAAGAAAGUGGCAGGUUCUGCAAUUAUUGGAUUUUGUCUGUCCAAUUGACAAGCGGUGAAAUUAUUUACGACAGCUUCAGCGACAGGGUGAAAUCUAAAACUGAGAUAGAUAAGCGAAUAUCCUAUCUUAAUCCCAUCGAAGUCGUUUUGGCAAACGACGUGCCCAGUUUUGUUGUUAAUUUUCUGAAGUUGCAGCUUCCUGAGAUAAACUUUCAGAUGGACGAUACUUUAAUUCCAGAGGAUGCGGACGAUGACGCGUUCAAGGGACUGGAUCUAGACCCAUGCAUUCAUGAGCUCCGAAGUAAACUUCGCAGAUAUCUUGAGUCCUACAAUACCGAAAAGGUUCUAGAUAUGCCCCACAACUAUAAGCCAUUCAGCACCAUGGCCAGCAUGCUUCUUUCGCCAAAUACCCUAGAGAGCCUGGAAAUUUUCGAGAACCAAACCGAUCAUACAAGGAAGGGCUCUUUGCUGUGGCUCUUGGAUCAUACCAGGACGUCUUAUGGUUAUAGGCUACUGCGGGAAUGGAUCUCGAAACCUCUGAUUGACAUAGCUGCCAUCAAUGAUAGAUUAGAUGGCAUCGAAUGUUUGAAGCAGGAGAUUACCAAUAUAUUCAUGGAGGGGCUCAGUAACAGUAUAAAAGAUACCCCAGACUUGCUGAGAAACCUCAAUAGGUUAUCUUACGGCCAGACUUCACGAAAAGAAGUGUACUAUUUUUUGAAGCAUCUUGAUAUAGUUGCCAAGCAUUUCACAAAUCAUCAUUACUACUUUCAAGAUAACGUUGUCAACCCUAAUGGACGAGUACACAAAAGUUCAACACUCCUAACUUCCGUGCUACUUCAAUUAGACGAUGCGCUACGUGAGGUCGACAUCGCCAAGUUGCUUAGCAUGAUAAAUACUGCCGCUGUUGUUGAAAAGGACAAGGAAAAGAAGUGCGUUGAGUUUUUCAACUUAACGAAUUAUGACCAAUCUGACGAGAUCACCUCGAAAAUGAAAGACAUUGAAAAUGUUCGGGAGCAACUGAAGGAGGAAUUAGAUGCAAUAAGGCGUUUAUUGAAAAGACCUAGGUUUUGUUUUAGGGACGAAGUUGAUUACCUAAUCGAAGUUAGAAAUAGCCAGCUUGCCGGCCUACCCAAGGAAUGGGUGAAGGUAUCUAGCACCAAAGUGCUUAGCAGGUUCAGAACUCCGGAGACAACUAAAUUAGUGGAACAAGUAGAAUACCAUAAAAGUCUCCUGAUGGUUAUCUGCGAAGAACAUUUUAGAGCCUUUCUCGGGCGUAUAAGCAAACACCACCUACUUUUGAAGCAAGUUAUAGAAAAUUUGGCUAAAUUUGACUGCCUACUUUCAUUAGCGGCUUCUUCGUUACAUCGCAACUACGUGCGACCAAAGUUCAAUGACGAUAUGUCUCAUGUCAAGGUUAGAAAUGGUAGGAAUCCGAUCAUUGAAUCUCUAGACGUGAAUUAUGUGGCCAACGAUAUUUACAUGAAAAGGGACCAAAACAAGGUAAUGAUUAUAACCGGUCCAAACAUGGGUGGUAAAUCAUCGUUCAUACGCCAAGUUGCUCUUAUUAGUAUAUUAGCACAAAUUGGGUCUUUUGUUCCAGCGGACACCGCGGAGUUGCCCAUUUUUGAAAGCAUCUUCACGCGCAUUGGUGCUCACGAUAAUCUUGUUAAAGGUGACUCUACCUUCAAAGUCGAAAUGCUUGAGAUGCUUGACAUCAUAAAAAACUCUGGAGAAAGGUCUUUGCUUCUACUGGAUGAGGUAGGAAGGGGGACUGGAACAACUGAUGGCAUCAGCAUAUCAUACUCAAUAAUCAAUUAUUUCCUUGACCUGAAAAGAAUGUGCCCAUUUAUCCUCUUCAUUACGCAUUAUCCUAUUUUGGGAUCUAUCCAAUCACCAUUGUUGCAAAACUACCACAUGGCCUAUAUGGAAGAGAAACGCUCCGGUGAGAAAUGGCCCACCGUUGUAUUUCUUUACAGAUUGAAACAAGGACCCGCUCAUAAUUCAUACGGUCUCAACGUUGCUCGACUGGCCAGAGUACCAACCGACAUUAUAAACAAGGCGUAUGAACUGUCCGAAAGGUCCAAAGCUGAAAUGGAAAGUGAAAAAAAUCUGCAUUUUAUUAGUUUGCUCAAGACUAUCUUGUCUUCAAAAGAAUCGUCGCAUCAGCAAAAAGUCAGCAGGCUGCUAGAGAUGUAG